AAGGAUCAAUACAUUGUGGCUCAUCAGGUUUUGAUGCAGGGCGUUGGACAAAUUUCAUUGUGUGGGAUCAGUUUAUUUUGAAACGUGGAACAUUGGAUGACAGAUUGUUUUGGCACAUCUUUUAGCGAGUUUUUCUCCACCUUUCACGCUGGCGGGCACCAUUCCAUCUAAAGGAGAGGAGGACUUUCUAACGCUUGCUGCCUCCCGGCUCAGUCGUCGCAAGCGUGUCAUAGGAGCAGCCGUGGGUGUGGCCAUGGUUCUGAUUCUCCUGGUCACCAUCCCUUUACUGGUCCACACCACUAAAGGAGGAGGAGCCGGCAACGCAGGAAGCCAUUAUGAAAUGCUAGGAAGUUGUCGGAUGGUUUGUGACCCCUACACCACAUCUCAUGGCCAGGAGUUAACGGCUGUUUCACCCGCACCUCCUGAUUUUCCAAACCGGAAAGGGAAAUCUGGGUAUCGGGGACCUCCGGGAAUCCCAGGACCACCUGGUCCACGAGGACCACCUGGAGAGCCUGGAAAGCCAGGUCCACAAGGGCCCCCAGGUCCUGGGCCUGGUGGUUACGUGCCGUCAUUCUACAGCCCUAAGGUUGCGUUUUACGCAGGCCUGCGCAAGCAACAUGAAGGCACUGAUGUGCUCAAGUUUGAUGAUGUGGUGACCAAUGUUGGCAACUACUAUGAGCCCAGCACUGGAAAAUUUACAUGCCCUCUACCUGGUAUCUACUUCUUCACAUACCAUGUCCUGAUGAAAGGAGGAGAUGGGACCAGUAUGUGGGCAGACCUCAAGAAGAACGGACAGGUGAGGGCCAGCGCUAUCGCCCAGGACGCUGAUCAGAAUUAUGACUACGCCUCCAACAGUGUGAUCCUGCAUUUAGACGUAGGAGAUGAGGUCUGUGUGCAGCUGGACGGAGGGAAAGUCCACGGAGGAAACACCAACAAAUACAGCACGUUCUCUGGUUUCCUCAUCUAUGCUGACUGACCUGCUCAUGAUGCUACUCAAAUGUACUGUGUAUGAACACACACACACUCACACACACUCAUACAGUUACGUACACACACCGAACAGGCUUGAAAGAAAUAGACAUGGUUUAUACGGAGCAGAAGGGCUUGACAGACAUAACCGCAACCAAUUCCUUUCAUAAGGCAAGAGAAUAUGUGACACACUGUUUGUAUGUGUGUAAAUUAUAACUAUCAUACAUUAUACACUACUCCCAAACUUAAAUUAAAAUGCAUAUAAAUAUAUGUCUAUAUAUCUAUCCUGGACAGUGACACACUCAUAUUUUCAUGUGUACUUGUUAGUGUACUUGUCUCCAUUGUGUGUGUCAAUCAAAACCAGAUAUUCAAACUCACUAGUCAACAUGCUUCAUGGUGAACUGAGCUGCAUUUACACAUGGCUGGACCUGAAAGAAAAUCAGUGCGUAAUUGUAAUUUUCACUCACUAGACGGAGCCGUAGCGCAAUACGGGCAUGUAUAUAUGCGUGCACACACGUCACAGGGCUAGUGAUUAAUCUAAGUCUUCUUGUUCAAUUUAUUUGACUUAAAGUGACUGCUUUGGUUGUCUGUGUGGAAUUGGAAAUAUGGCUAAUGCACGUGGACACACAGGAGUGUAAUUACACACAAUGGCUCACUACAACCAGAUAGAUAGAUCUCCAAUCAGUCUAAAGAAUAUGAGCCAGACCAGAACAUUGAUGUAUUGAUUUAGGCUAAUAAGACUCUUGACUAUUCAAAUUUAACCAAAUACAAUGUUUUAAUCACACAAAUAAAUGAAAUGAUUUCAUGCUUUUUA